ACGGUGUUAGUGAGGAAGUGGCACGAGGUGAUUCCCAAGGUGUCAGGGAAUCGGAUGAGUGGGGAAUGGGUGAGGACAUGCCACUUCCCCAGAGGAGGCCAAGGAGAAGAAUGCCCCUAAACUCAGAGCCCUGGGAAUCUGAUUUCAUUGGUACUCGCCCGAAGAGAAGGAUGUUCAAUGAGCAUCAUACAUAUGUACAAGCUCUGCGCUCAGUCUUUGAAGAUGUGCAGCAUCUGACAGCUGUGACUUUGGAAUCUACAGCCCUCAUUUGCAACAGCAUCAAAGAAGCUUUCACUUCACUGCAGGCAUCAAUGGAACACGUGGCAGCUUCAUUGGAAUCUGCAGCACGCCCCCACUUCAGAAAUGCACAGGAACCAGUCCAUACCCCCACCCCCUCAGAUGUGCAAAAUGCUGCAUUGGCAGUAAUUGGGGAGAGAAUAGACAGCACCUUACGUGUUGGUUUUCAAACCCUUGGAGCUGGGAUCCAAGCUGCUGUGUCUCACGGCUUUCAGGAUCUUAUAGCUGCUAUUAAACCAACCAUUCCAUUGGUCAAUGGGAAUGCAAAUAAAGGGCCUAGUGCAAUGCCAAUGUUUGAAGGUAACCUACCUGGAACAGCUGGUUCUCAGGACAGUCACAUGUGGCAGACCUCUGACCUAUCCUCUCGUAGCAUCAAGUCAGCAGAACUUAGGAAGCAAUACCAGACUGCCCAUACAGAAGCCCACAAGAUACAGCCAGUAGCAGCUCCCUGUCAGGAACAAGCUGCCCUGGGCGGUGGGCCACCUCAGUCCCAUGAGCCUUUUGCAGCACAGGAACUGCCAAUGCCCUCGUGUGAUACUCAGGUUGCACCGAGGAGAAACAGUCGAGUAGGAGACAGAAAGGCCCGUUUAACUACUCCAGGAAAACCGUGCAUGAAAAGGAAGUAGGAUGACCUAUUUAAUAUAUAGGUUGCUUGUAAUAAAAGAGAUUGUGCACUUUCUUUGUGCUGAGAUAUUCAAUCAAAUAAGAUAUGAUGGUCAUGUGGAGCAAACAAUGAUGCGAUGAUCAAGGAUGGGUACCAGAGCGAUGAAUUUACCAUUUGUCUGAAGAUGGAGAGGAGUAUGGAGGUGUUCUUCAGGUUGCAGCAAUGGUGCUAUCCUCCAAUGAGAGGAUGAAAACUCAUUUUGUGUGAUCAUUGAGGAGUCCUUAUAGUGAAGAAUGUAUGCCACUUGCAGAAUGUAUGCCACUUGCAGAAAUUACAAUGAGUACCACAGGCUGGAGAGCAAGAUCACUCUCGCACCCUUGGUUCCCUGCAUCAUUCACUGCAAGGAAUGUUAGAGCUGCUAUGUAAAGUACUGUUUAGCAUCCAGGAUGGAUUUGAUAAUUUUAUAUUUUACCAAACUGCUGGUCAGUACUGUUUGGUGACACUAGUCACCUCACUCCCACUGUGAAUGGGGUUAAACUAUGUAAAUUAAUGUUUAAGUCACUGUUUUAAGUGGGGAGGCUAAGAGGAGAGACUGAGCAGUUGACUGGAGCUGUUCAAAGUGAGAAAUAAACUGUAGGUUGGUUAUUGUUAUUGUCAGGAUUAUGAAGCAACUCAAUCAUUACAACCAAAUUCCACAAUGCCAAGAUUUUGGAUACUUUAAUACUUUGGGAUGGUUUUAAGUAUUGUGUAAAUUAAGUAUUGUAAUGUUCCUU